AUGGAAGAAACUGAUUUUGUAGCACCCACUGAAAAGGAUUUUGAAAAUGAUAAUGAAGAAAUCCAUCGUUUAACAAAGCGUCAUCACUCACUUACACGUGAAGAACUGAAUCAGCUGCGUGAAGCCACAGUGGAGGAGAUUGUAGAAGUGGAUAAAGGCGUUGCGCGUGGAAUGGACCUCUUUUUUGCUAAUCUAAUAAAAGAUUCAGAAGAACUCUUUGCAAAGCAAGCUACGAAAGAUCCACUUUUUGCGGUUGGAGCAGCAUGUAUUAGUGCUGUCAAAGCUAUGCUUUCAAUGGAACAACGUGAUGGUGAUAUUGCGAUAGAAAGAGUUUCUUUUUCCAUUACUUUCGCUGAGGAUCUUAUUCCUGCAGGUAAAAAUAUAUUUCAAAAGGUAGGUGGUUUAUUUAGAUCUAGAAGGGAUUCGACGAAAAAAAAGAUUUUACCUGGUGAAUUUCGUGCUAGAGCCAUACUUGCUGUUUCCUAUGCCCUUCGUGGUUUUGUCUUGCUAUUACAACCGAGUUCUUUGAACAAUCUUAUCAAGGGAGGAAUGGCUCUCAACAAAAGUUAUCAUUUAUUUAAAACUCUCCAAAAUGAGUUAAAUGAUUUAAAGGCAGAAAAGAAAGUUGACUCAUUUGAUGAAUUGGGUCUUGACUAUAACAGUGUUCAUGUUGUACUUUUGGGGUGUGGUUGUACUAAUGUUGCAUUAUCUAUAUUACCUCCCCGAAUUGAACGUUUACUUAAUUUUCUGGGCUAUACACAUGAUUUUGAACUCGGAACUAAUCUUGUUCUUGAGUGUUGGAAGAGUGAAACAUUGUUUUCACCCUUUGCUGGUCUCUUUCUUAUGGCUGUUAACAGUUUUAUUCCUGGAUUUUGUUCCAUGCUCAUCCCGCAAACUCUUCCUCUUGCGAAAGAUUUGGCAGCCGAUGUGCUUGCACGUCCAACUAUGAAAGAAUCACUCAUUCACUUGUGGUUAUUAGGACGUAUUCGUCGACUUGAAAGAGAUAUGAAAGGAAGUAUUGAUGUUCUUUCAAAAUGUUUGGAAAUUACAGAGUCUAGUCAAGUUAUGGAAGCCUUACCACAACUUCGAGAUUUUGCACUUUAUGAUCAAGCAUGGAAUUUUGCUAUUGUGGGACGAUGGCAAGAGUGCAUCUCAUAUUAUAAACUUCUUGAAGAAAAAUCUGCAUGGUCUAAACUUUACUACAUGUAUGCACAAGGUUGUUGUUAUGAGAUGCUUGCAUUUGAAGCCUCUGAGAAAAAUCAAGAAGAAGAAUCUCAUAAAUAUAUUGAAGAGGCUUCACGUGUUUUCUGGAGAACGGCACAUCAAUCUACACGAACAGUAGGAGGAAGAACAAUUUCUAUAGAAGCUUUUGUGGCAGCCAGACUAGAUGAGAUGUUCCGUCAAGCUGGUGUAACCAAUCCUAAUCCAGGUAAUAAGAAGAAACUUAAUAUGUCAAGCGAAAAACCACCAAAUGGAGUUAUUCUUCGUAAUACUGUACCAUUGUCAAUAUUAGAACUUGCUGCUUUGUUUGAUAUGCUGCAUCAAUUACCAACUGACAUACUUGAAUCAUUUUUAGGAACAAUUAAACAAGUGUCAAGUAAAGUUAUCGUCAGUACUGUUACAACGCCUGAAAAUGAUAAAAUUUCAAAUAGUAGCAGUCAACUUUCAUUCUCAGGCAGUUUAUUCAGUACUGUUGGUGUUUCUCUUUUAGUUGAAGCUCUUGAGAGUUUGGUACUUGUCCAAUUAACUGAUAGACGACAAGAGGCAUAUCAACUCUUUGAAAAGGUUUUGAGAAAGUCUUCUCAUUACAAGGGACGAAAGUGUACCUUGUCUUGGAUAACACCAUUUAUAUUAUAUGAACAAGGCGCAUUUGCCUUUGCUGAAGAUGAUGUGGAGAGAUGCAAAAAGUUUCUUGCUCGGGUUCAUGAUAUCAAUAAUGAACAAGUGUUUCAUGCUGUAAUGGAGUCCAAGUUGCAUUUUGCUAGGCUUGCCAUGAAAGAAAUAAUGGUACAAACAGAAAAGUAG